CCCAAGGGUCUGCCAAUGCCUCCUACCUCCCAGGCCAGAGCAAGCCCAGACACUGGGGCAGGGCUCUUUGGAUCCUUCUGAGCACUUACAGGGUGGGCUGAAGAACACUGAGCCUACAUCUGGUCACCCCAGAUUGCCAACGCCUUCUUCCCAUGAGGACGCCACUGGGGGCAAACACCGUGAGAGCCCUAUCUCUGGCUGGGAGGUAUUGGAGGCUGAGCAGGACCGCCUGCACCUUUGCCUAUUGGGCCUGGGUCUUCGGCUGCAGGACCUAGAGCGAGGCCUGGGGCCCUGGACAUUGGCCCAGAAUGGGAUGGUCCAGCUGCAGACCCUACAGGCAGACCUACGUGGGACAGCUGAGCGUGUAGAUGCACUGCUGGCGUUCAGUGAGGGGCUGGCACAGCGGAGUGAGCCUCAGGCCUGGGCAUCCCUGCAGCAGGUCCUGAGGGCCCUUGGAGCCCACCUAGACAGCAUCUUCUGGCGGUUGUGGCGGCUGCAGGCCCAGCUGGUAUUCAAGGAGGCCAACACACUGGACCAGGAUUUGGAGAUUGAGGCGGAUUCAGACUGUCCAGGACCUGGUGGGAUCUGGGGCCCCUGGGAACCCAGUAGUCUCCCCACUCCUGCAGAGUUAGAGUGGGACCCAGCAGGGGACAUUGGGGGCUUCGGGCCCUUGGGACAAAAGACAGCCUGGACACCAGGGGCUCCCUGUGAGCUGUGUGGCCACAGGGGCCCUCAAAGCAGGGGACAAGGCCUUGAGGACAUAUUCAUGUUGGGUCUCAGCCACCGGAAACACUUAGUAUGUCACCAAAGACGCUCCCUGCUCCAGAAGUCUCAGGACAAGAAGAGUCAAGCAUCUUCCAAUCUCCAGGAUGUGAUGCUGGAGAGCUCCUACUCCUGUAUCCAAGUGGCCCUUGACCUUCUUCCUUCUUCUCUUCCUUCUCUUGGUGGGUUUCACAUUGCUCCUGCCCCAGUCAGGGAGCCCCUGCUGUUCUCCUGCCCGACUGGCCAGGACACCUUACUUGGUGCUCAACUAUGUCAAUGGCCCCCCCCCAAUCUGAGUACACAGUCCAGACAUAUGUAAUAAAUGGUCACUUGUCAAAGGAUGUGUUUUAGUCCAUUUGGGCUGCUGUAACAAAAUAACAGACUGCAUGGCUUAUAAACAAUAGAAAUUUAUUUCUCACAGUUCUGUAGGCUGAAAAGUCCAAGAUCAAGGCAUUGACAGAUUCAGUAUCUGGUGAGGACCUACUUCCUGGUUCAUAGAUGGCUGUCUUCUUGCUGUGUCCCCACAUGGCAGAAGGAGCAGGGAGCUCUUGGGUUUCAAGAGAUUAAGGGCAAUAAUCAUUUCCAUGAGGGCUGUAUCCUCAGACCUUAUCUCCUCCUAAAGGCCUCACCCCCUAACCAUCACAUAGUGGGUUAGGAUUUCAACGUACAUAUUUUAAAGGGAUACAAACAUCAGUCUAUUGCAGAAUGUGU